ACACACGUUGUCUUUAGUUCUCGAGGGAAUAGAGAUCGUUGCAGCGUUUCUUUCUUUUCUGAACAGGCGCAGUCCGAGAGAACUCGGAAAAGGAGUAAAAGGCUCCUACGUAACCUGUCACUACCAAUAUAUUGUAUGAGUCAGAAGGUAGAAAAACCAGUAUUAUCGGGUCAACGGAUCAAGACCAGAAAAAGAGAUGAGAAAGAGAAGUAUGACCCUAACGGGUUCCGCGACGCGCUGGUGCAGGGUCUGGAGCGCGCCGGCGGCGAUCUGGAGGCGGCCUACAAGUUCUUAGACGCGGCCGGCUCCAAGCUUGACUACCGCCGCUAUGGGGAGGUCAUCUUCGACGUUCUCAUCGCAGGCGGCCUGCUGCUCCCGGGCGGCUCGGUGUCGAUGGACGGCGAGACCCCCAAAACCAACACUUGUAUUUUCGCCGCCAGCGAGGAUAUGGAGACCAUGCGGAACUUCGAACAGGUGUUCGUCAAGCUUAUGCGUCGGUACAAGUAUCUGGAAAAAAUGUUUGAGGAGGAAAUGAAAAAGGUCUUGGUGUACUUGAAAGGCUUUGAACCACUGCAGCGUAUCAAAUUAGCGCGUAUGACUGCACUUUGGAUUGGCAACGGGUGCGUGCCGCCGUCGGUGCUGCUGGUGCUGGUGAACGAGCACCUGCUGAAGGACAACCUGGCGCUGGAUUUCGUGCUGGAGGUGUUCGCCACCGUCAAGCAGGAGCGCGGCGUCACCUCGCUCGUCACCGCACUCAAGAAGGGACAGCUCGAGGGCAGGCUCCUGGAGUUCUUGCCUCUGAACCGGCGCAGUGAAGAAGUGCUGGCCUCAUCGUUCGCAUCUCGUGGUCUCGCUGAACUGCUGCGGCUGCAUCGCGCACAAGCCUCACAGGAAGCCCGUCGAGAGCUGACCCAGGCGUUGCUGGACGAAUUAGCGGACGAGAAGCCGGUGCGCGACCUCAUACAAGAGCUGCGCGAUAUGGCCCAGAAGCACUCCAUACCCGACCACGAAGUUGUUGCCAUUAUUUGGCAGUGCGUGAUGUCCCGCGGCGAAUGGAACAAGAAGGAGGAACUGUUGGCCGAGCAAGCGGCGAAGCACUUGCGUAAUUACACCCCACUAUUGGCCGCUUUCGCGCAGUCCGCAAAGGCUGAGAUCGCAUUGUUGACUAAGGUGCAAGAAUACUGCUACGAGAACAUGAGCUUUAUGCGAGCGUUUAGCAAGCUGGUGCUGAUGCUAUACAAGACCAAUGUGCUCUCCGAGGAGGUUAUCCUGAAGUGGUACCGCGACCCCAACUCUAGCAAGGGCAAGGUCAUGUUCCUCGACCAGAUGAAGAAGUUUGUCGAGUGGCUCCAAAGUGCUGAAGAGGAGUCGGAGAGCGGCGAAGAUGAAGAUUAGAUUAAGAGCAGCGAGUGAGACUGAACCUAACACGAGCGCGCCGUCCCACACAAGCACACAUGAUAAUUGAUAACCGACACACAGACAGACAGAUCCUAACCGGUCCACGACGGCGCCCGAACAAAUCCGCAGACGCGUAGAGAGUUGCUUUUGAAUGUACUGCUUAGAAUCAUAGGCUUCCAUUAAAAAAAAAAAACUAAAUUGAACUAUAGACAAUUAAUCAAUAGGCAUUCGGUGUUACCUGUAACAAAAAGUUGUAUGUAUAUUUUGGUUUAUAUACUAUCAUCGACUAUAAUCGUGUGAUGUGAUUUCUUUACAUAUUAUAUAUGACUAACUCGACAAAUGCGUGAAUAAUAAUUAUAAGGUAUAAAUGUGAUGCAGAAUUUAGAUACAAUUGUGACUGGUGUUAUAUCAUAAUAAACUAUCUUUGUGUAAGAUUAGUCAUAAUUGUGGCUAAUUUGCAUAACGUGUGUUAACAUUAGGUGUUGAAGUCGAUGAUCAAAAAUCGUAAGUUUAUAAAUCAAACUUACUAUAUAGUAUAAGUAGGCCAAAUUACCACAUUGUGUGUGAAAUUCGCUUCUACAGUCGAAACUUGCACGUUAAGUAAUGUACUUAGUAUAAAACGGCACCCAUUAUGAUGUUUUUAGUAUCGACUUAUUCUAACGAGCGUUUUUUAAACGCUCAUCAUAGGACCUAAUAAAAAAUGUACGUUUUCAAUAUAUAAUAGUCAGUUGAAUUUUAUUUAUAUUUUAUUAUCCUUUUCCAUUCUUAAUGUCAUAGUAAAAUAUAGGCAUUUGAUGACAAUAGAAACGUUAAAAAAGCGCUUGUUAGUAUUUGUUUGUGUUACCAAAAACAAAAUCCUGAACUGUCCCAAGGUUUGUUUCAUCGUCUAGAGUAAUAAAAUAGCAGUCUGCAACCGCAGCUCCCUACGCGACACCGACUGUCGCUCAAUAAUACGAAAUAAUAAGUGCACCAUAAUAUAAUAAUUACCUAAUAAUAAAUAAUAAUAAUUGUUGACGACGAGAGAGCGACGCGGCGCGGAAAUUUUCUACAACUGUAUAUUAUCCAUUUCUAAAGUAACAUGUUGAUGAAAUACAAUAUUUUUUAUUCAAUUUUUUUUAGUAAAAUUCAAAUAAAUGGUGGCAACACUUCAAUUGUAGUUUUACUUUGUAUAAAUCCUUUUCUUAUUAUUUUAUUUAGCAUUCUUUGAAUUUGACUAUAAAUUUUUAGGAUUAUAUUUAAAAUUUAAGUCACGUAAUUUCUGAUUAGAAAUUACUCUUUAUUGUUCUGUUGGGCUUUCACUUACAACUUUUGAAAAAGUACUUUGUUCCUUACAGUCGAGAAAUUGCAAUGUUGCAUUGUUGUUGACACGAGACCUGGAACAAUUAUUUGUAGGUCAUUUAACCCUUUCACCGCCAUAGCCGUAAUAUUACGAAUCUUAAGGUGAAUACCGUCAGCGCCCUCGCGUAAUAUUCCGAAAUGCUCAUGUUACUAGAAAAAUUGCAAGGUUAAUUCGAUUUUGCUAGUAAAUUUAAUACAUUUAAUUAAUUGUGGAUAGUUGUAGAUACCAAAAAUUAACAGAAAUAUAUAGAGUUACUAAGUGCAAGAUGAACUUGCUGCCUCGCCAUCCCCGUGAUAUUGCCGAGACCAGUGCUGCGCCACUGUAAAAGAUUUAUCAAAAAAUUUAUAUUUGUAUUGUUUCAAAAUUAAAAUGAUAGUCGAGUCAUCAUAAUGUAAUAUUUUAAUGAACUGCACUAACCAUUCAUAAAAAUUUAAUUUAAUAUAUUAUUUAAAUGAUUUUUGCGACAAGAAAUAAAAAUAUUAAUUUAUAAACC